AUGCCUUCCAUCCUCAUUACCGGAGCAAAUGGCUUUGUUGGGCAGGAGUUGGCCACGGGACUCCUUAAUGCCUGUCCUGACGCUCAUCUCACCCUCACAGAUGUUACCGUGGCCCCUCCAGUCCCAUCUUCGGCAAAACCAGAGGACGCCAGCCGCAUAACCAGUAUCAAGGCCGACCUUACCUCGCAAGCCGCCGUUGAUGAGCUCAUCAGCUCGCCGUCCCAAUAUGAUGUGGUGUAUAUUCUCCAUGGCAUCAUGUCUGGUGCGUCGGAAGCUAACUUUGACCUCGGCAUGAAAAUCAACUUCUUCUCGGUACAUUAUAUGUUCGAAAGAUUACGAAAAUUGAUUCCAGGCGUAAAGGUUGUCUACGCAUCUUCGUUGGCUGUCUAUGGGCCUACACCUCCUGGAUUCAUGAUAAAUGAACGAAAUAUCCCACCGCUGCCUACUUCUUCAUACGCAACGGCGAAAGUUGCAACCGAGCUACUCCUGAAUGACUAUUCACGCCGUGGUUUCCUGGACGGAAGGUCAGUUCGGUUGCCUACUGUUACUGUUCGAGCCGGUGCUCCCACAGGCGCUGCGAGCAGCUUCGCUUCUGGUAUCAUACGUGAGCCAUUAAAGGGCGAGAAGAGCGUGAUGCCAGUGAGAAAAGAUACGGAGCUGUGGAUAUGCUCUCCAUAUGUUGUUGUGGAAAAUAUGAUCUACGCGAAGGACAUUCCAAAGGAGAAGUUUGGUGAUUCCAGAGCAGUAAAUCUACCCGGAAUCAAGGUUUCCAUUACAGAGAUGCUGGAUGUCCUGCAGCAAGUUGGUGGAAAGGAGAAGAGAGCCUUGGUUGAGGAGAAGUAUGAUGAGACGGUUGAUAAGAUCGUUCAGGGAUGGUCCCCUAACUUCGACAUUACAUGGGCCAAAGAACUUGGAUUCAAGGAAGACAUUUCGUUUUUGGAAAGCGUACAGAGAUAUGCAAGAGAACAUGUUCACUGA